AUGGUCAGAAGACAGGUAUCCAACACCAACACCUCGUCCCCACAUCCUCGUGUUCGCAUCCGGGAACUUUUGCCAACUCUCUUCCUUGGAGACAACCCUCCAGGCCCACUGAAUUCUAUAACCGACGUCCCUGGUAUCGGAAUCUCGACUGAAGAACUUACGUCUCGUGAUGGAAGCAUAAACACUGGAGUCACAUGUAUUGUUCCACGCAAGGACUGGUCCCACAAAGCCUGUUAUGCCGGUCUCUUUAGCUUCAACGGCUACGGAGAGAUGACUGGAUGUCACCUCAUCGCUGAAAGUGGACUGCUAGCCUCGCCCAUCAUCUUGACCGGCACCUUUGGCAUCGGAGCUGCUCAUCAGGGCGUACUCGAGUAUGGCGUCAAGACUCAAGGUAGAGGCUUCAUGGCAUUGCCCGUGGUCGCAGAGACAUUCGAUGGCUAUCUACAUGAUUGUGCCAAAUUCGCCGUCAAACCAGAGCACGUGAGCGACGGUCUGAAGAACGCGAGAACCCAAGUCCCGGUGAAGGAAGGCAAUCAUGGGGGUGGCAACGGUAUGAUCUGUCACGGUCUCAAGGGCGGCAAUGGAUCCUCCAGCCGACGCGUCAAGAUACCAGACCGAGACGAAACUUUCACAGUCGCUUGUAUGGUCCAAGCAAAUUAUGGAAUGAUGAAAGAUUUGCUCAUCGCAGGCGUACCGGUCGGGCGGAUCCUGGCCGAUGAAGCACAGAAGGACGAAGAGAGGAAGAAGGCAAAGGAUGAACUAGAAAAGGCCAAAGAGGAGAAAGAUGGCAGCAUCAUUGUCAUUGUUGCCACAGACGCACCUCUCUUGCCUCAUCAGCUCACUCGUAUCGCCAAACGCGCCACUGUCGGCUUGUCUCGCGCGGGCGGCAUAGGACGCAACAUGUCCGGCGACAUCUUCCUUGCCUUCUCGACGGCCAACGAAGUACCGGUCAACCAACCACCACCAGCGGAGGGCGAGUCCAAGACAGCGAUCAGAGAAGCCAAGGUCGUGGACGAAUCUGCGAUGUCCUGGUUGUUCGAGGGUACUGCAGACUGCGUGGAAGAAGCAAUCUACAACUGUUUGUGUAUGGCAGAGACCAUGGAGGGGUUCGAAGGACACAAGGUAGAAGCGCUGCCUCUGAAGCGAGUCAAGGAGAUCAUGGCGGAAUACGGUAGAGCGUCAUUGGAUCGAGUCGUGACCGGCCUCGGUCAUUGA